GAGCCCGCCGGGGCACCGCCGCCGCCUCCCGCGGGCGCAGCCGCGCCGCACCGGCCAUGGAUCCUUUUCCCAAAGACGGGGAGAGCGCGGCGGCGGCGGCCGGCGCCGGGGGGGAGCCUAGCCGGGGCGCUGCCCCGUCCAGCGGGGUGAUGGUGCAGGUCCGGGAGAAGAAGGGUCCCCUGCGCGCCGCCAUCCCCUACAUGCCGUUCCCUGUGGCUGUCAUCUGCCUCUUCCUCAACACCUUCGUGCCCGGCCUGGGGACAUUUGUAUCAGCUUUCACCGUGCUGUGCGGCGCCCGGACCGACCUCCCUGACAGGCACAUGUGUUGUGUCUUCUGGCUGAACAUCGCUGCUGCUCUCAUUCAGAUCCUUACAGCAAUUGUGAUGGUUGGCUGGAUUAUGAGUAUAUUUUGGGGGAUGGACAUGGUCAUUCUUGCAAGCUACAAGGAGCAGGGGAUCCCUCAGCAGCUGUAGUGGCUGGGACAAGUAUGUUCAGAGACACGCAACAAGAGAUUUCCUUUGGCAGCUGUGGGCCACGGACCUUUUCAUUAUCAUUUUUCUUUUUUCUUCCUUUUCUUCCUUUUUUUGUUGUUUUUGGUUUUUGGUUUUUUUUAAACCUGGUUCAUCUGCCCAUCCAGCGGAGCGGAGAUGCAGAGCAGCUGAUGGAGACUUGCACUGACCUGACUUGGAGGCGGCGAUGAGGCGCACGCAUGCAGCGGGUUAGGACUGGCCAAGGGCAGCGCGUGGCAGGCAGCCAAGGCAGAGACGGGCACCGGCAAAGGAAAUCCCUCUGCCGAAGAGGGUGCCUGGGCAGGCAGCCACCCUGGGAGAGCUGCUGGUGGGAGAUGCAGCUCUCUCCAUCCUCCCAGCGGGAAGCAGCUGAAGACAUUUUUCUUCCUUUUAAGCUUGCCAUUAAAGGAAACCAGCUGUGAACAUCAAAUGCCAAGGAGCUAUUAAUAGAUGUAUGUACAGUAUGUAAAAGCAAAUGAGUGGUACUUUUUUUUCCUCAAGAGUCUGUUCUUGACUGCUUUGCAGUAGCAGAGGGACUCAGCUCAACCCCUUCUGCCACGCGUGUAUUUAUGAUGCUCAGCGAAGCUCUGUCAUUGCAGAUGUCCUGAGAAAUUUGCUUGCUGUAAGUCAUAUUUUACUGCUAACGUGACUUGGGCUGUCCCCUGCUCUUCAAAUUGCUGGAGCCAUGACAAGACCGGACCUAUUGCCAGACCCUGAGAAACUGCUUGAGCAAAAGUCUGCUCCUCCACCAUAUGUUGCGUAUUCUAUGUUUAGGAUGGCAGGUGACGCUGUGCACUGUCAAAAGUUUCUCAUGUAAAAAGAUUCUAGGGGGACUUUAAAAAAAAAGAUUUCUCCCUUUCCCCUGCAAGAGACUUGCUGGCAGUGUCACUGUGCUUUGGAAGCGGAGCCCGUUGCGGUGGUGUCUGCUGGCCACGUCUACAUGAGCAUCCCCUCUCUGCAUCCCAGCGGGCCAAAUUAAUCACCCAGUGCUUUUAUGACUCUUUCAGAAGAGCAGCAGAGGGAGGCCACCUCCUCCAGGAUGCCGGCAACCAGCACAAGCUUGGUAACUCGCCUGCUAUUUGUGGGAGUAGAUCUGCUUCGUCCCGUUAACUGCUACCAUGCUGCAUUACAUAGGCUCUGCAAAAUGUCCAACCUCUCACCAGCUAAAUUUAAGAUUGCAGUUAGCUAAUGCUUUCAGUGCUUCCACCAACAUCCCCUCCCUCACUAAAUAUUUCCUACGUUCGCAUUUUCAGUACAGCAAAUACCAAAAGACUGUAACUGUGUUCUUUGUUGAUCCCUGCAUAAAUCCAGCUCUUGAUCUAAUGUGCAUGGCACAAGGCUAUUUCAAUAUCAUUAUUCACUGUAUAAGUAUAGAUAUUUUAGAUGCCAUCUUUACAGCUAAAGAGUGAGAGUAGGCAAUGAAGAAUAAAUGCAACUGCUUUACCACCAUCAGCCAGCAACAAAGUAUUUUCUGUUGCUCUAUCCUCAUUAUGAAAAUCAGGUUUCUCAAAAAGGGCUUAAACGAAAUAGUUCCUUGGUACUUGAACCUAUUCAGGCUGAAAGGCUGAUUUACAAUUUGUCAGAAAGAACUUCCAGAUAGGAACAAAAACAAAUGUGUUUUUGAAAAUUGUGGCAAAUCAAAAAUAGCUUCAUUCUGAGUCAGUCAAACCAUUUCAGUGUAGCACUUAUUAAAAUUUUUCUGAAUCUGUUGGUGUUGCCCAAUGUGUAUUUAUCAUGGAAAAGGUGCUAUGAAAAACAGCCCCUGCCCUCCCAGUCCUUUGUCUGUCUGACAGCACUUGUUGUGGUAGUUGAGACUACCACGUGGAGACUUCAUUUCCAGCUUGCCAAUCCCAGCUCCAGAAAUGCUGCCUUGCCUCGGAGGCGCUGGAGCAGCCUGGCCGGUCAGCAAUGCUUUUUGUCUGCAAUAGUUCUGGCUCACAGACACGUAGGAGCGAGUGGUAGAUGUGCAGGAUACCUCCAUCUGUCCUGCAGCAUCUACUUCCUCAGAAACAAAACUGCAUGUUCUUUCAUGUGAUCAUCGAAAUUUUCUUCAAGAUCGUUCAGUUCUUCUGGAAAACGCCCUUUGACAUGGUCUCUGCUCGAUGCACAAGGCAUUGUGCAGCUCUGCAGGAAGUGAAGCUGAAGCAUCACAGUCCAAUUAUUCAUCAGUGGCUGUUUUAUUCCAUCCUGUCAUUGCCUCCUAGAUGUUUCGAGGUGAUAUAUAUAUGCAUAUGAGUUCAUAUAUAUGCAUACAUUUGAGCCAUCAGCAUACACCAUGUCGCUCCGCAGAGUGCCACGGUAGCAGCAGAGGGACAAGGCACAGGACUUUGUCCCACAAGGACAUGCUUUUACUAUUUGACCCAAAUUGUAUCCUCUACAAGACAACACCAAGAGCAGUAAACUCAGUGAGAUUUGACAUUCCUUCCGGUCAAAAGCACUGGCUUCUCCUUCUUACUUGCUGACCAAUGCAUGAUAGUAUACCCUUGUAUUUCUCCAGCUGAGUUUACUCCAUGAGCACACACACACACACACACACCAUGCACUUUCGGGCACUCCUGUAAAUUAUUUUCUGAACUGGAACUCAGCAUUUCCAGCCCUCCGCUUCCUCCUCGUUCCACACAUGCUACCCACAUGUGCACCCCUGCAAGCAGGGAGAGGGUCAAAGUCCUGACCGCUACUUGGAGUUCUGUUUUCACAAAGUUUGGUUGUGCUGUGGUUGUAUUGGUUUUUCCAGCCCAAUGAGUCGGGGGCUCAGUGCACACAUGCCUGUGUGCUGCCUCCUCCCCACAAGGAAAUGAUGCUGCUUGCACUGCGAUGGUUGGCCUUCAUUUGAUUUCUAUGCUAGAGUCCAAACUGAGCACAGAGUGGCACACUUACAGAGGAAUAUUUGUAUGCCAGUUAUAUCGCAGAGUAUUUGAUUGUGAAUUGCUGUGUUUUGAUACUGUGGAAUUUUUCUUUUCUUUUUUUUUUUUUUUUUAAGUUAAAUAUAUUCUCUUGCUGUACAUCUGGAA